AUGGAGCUCAUGCGCUGCAAAGGCUGCGAGAUGGACAGUUAUUGCUCGAGAGAGUGUCAACAAAAGGAAGAAGUACGACGCGUGACGGGCGACACUCGCGAAUGGGGUCGAUUCACGCGCUGGCUAGAGUACCAUCACACCUCGCUCAUCAACACUGCUCUCGCGGCUUACAACGCGAUCGGCCCUCACGCGCAUGAGAGCUGCGUUCUGUUCAUACAUCUCGUCCAUGUCAAGUGCGAGGUCCAUGAGAACUGCAAUCAUCUCCCAUACGAGCGCAGCUUACAGGCCCAAGCAAUCUAUCUCGUACAUCGAGACAGCCAAGCUGGCCGCAUGUACGAGAACGUCUUCAGAAGGCGGGACGAAGCCCAGCUACUUAGCCGUCAGGAGCACGGAGCGUCCUAUGCUGGUACCGGCGCGUACUUACUCUUGCGGACGUACGCGGAGGGCACCCCGGACGAGGCGGUCAUCCUUUACUCGAAGUACUUCGGAUACGACAAGUACCACGCACAGGCUCGUCCCAUCGGUGACCCGAUGAAGCUCCUGGGAGCCAAUAUCAAUGAGGGGAAGCGCCCGAGGUUCUGCUGUGGGAAGUUCGUGGAAGCGAUGAGCGGUGAAGUGUGCUGCUGUGGCGGCUGGACGCACGCAAACACGACGGAGGGUCAGUCGAGCGAGGUCGACUAA